GGCUCUAAACCGAGGAGAAGUCUCCGCUGUCCUGCCCUCAACACAGGCCAACACUGACCCUCCCCAAAUACAUACACAAACACACACACGUGCUCUCACACACACACACCAGGAACAUGGCUCCUCUCCCUCCCAGCUGAUAGGAGCUGCACACCCCCCAGGUCUCGGUCCAGUCUGCAGGCCCAGGGUUUCAGGCCUCCCCCCACCACACUCACAGACCUGCAGCUGCUGCCCUGAGCCGCCCACCACCGCCGCUGCGGCUACUGCUUCUGCUACUGCUACUGCUGUUCCGCCCGUGGCCUGCAAAUGGCGGCAGAGGACGGCUUCAAGUUCCGCACGCUCUUCGCUUUAGGGCGCGAGCGGCCGGGGGACCUGGAGCUGGCACCGGGGGACCUGCUGACGGUGGGACCGGGGCUGUGCCAGGCGGAGGGGUACCAGGAGGGGGCGGAGGGCACCCCCGCAAGCUUGGGCUGGCUGUCAGGGGUGAAGGAUCGCACGGGUGAGAGGGGCGACUUCCCCGGAACCUACGUGGAGUACGUGGGCAGGGUCAAGACGGAUACGCCCAGUCCGAUGCCACGCCCACAGAGGCCGCUGCCCCCUACGCCACCAACACACACACAGCUUGGAAAGACUAAGACAGAGGCCAUGGGCCCAGAUCGAACCGCCCCAAUGCCCCCCUCUGAGACCCCUCCUCCCAUCGUGGUGAAACUGGUGGAGGCCAUCGAGAGGAGAGGGUUGGACUCUGAGAUGCUUUACCGGACACACAACCUCAUAGGUGCCGCUGACCAGAAGGAGAACCUAAGUGCUGAGAUCACAGAAGCAGAUCUGAACCACACCAACAUCCAGGCACUCUCGCAAGGCCUCAUGGGAUACCUGCAGGACCUGCCAUCUCCCAUCAUGCCUUUCUCCGUCUUUCCACAGCUGAAGGCCGCACUGGCAGAGGGGACAGGAGCUUCGGCGGAGGUGACUUCGGGGCUGAUGAAGGUUCUAGAGUCGUGUGGUGUUCCACUGCAGAACCUGCAGACUCUGCAGUACCUGCUGCGACACCUGGAACGUGUGUGUCAGCACUCCCAGCACAACGGCCUCGACAGACACACACUCAGCUGCAUCUUUGGGCCCCUACUGCUGCCCAGCCCUCCAUCAGGGCUGGAGGAGGAUGAGCAGGUGCCUGCUCAGGUGCUGGAGAGACUUCUACAGGAGAGGAGCUGGGAGGAAGAGCAGACACCUCCAGCUUUGCCACCCAAACCCUCCAGAGUUGUCCGGAUGCCCUCUGUAACCGACAGCGACAGCAAGCUGGCAGAGGCUGAGUGGUACUGGGGUGACAUUUCCAGAGAGGAGGUGAAUGAAAAGAUGAGAGACAUGCCAGAUGGAACCUUCCUGGUGCGAGAUGCUUCCAGCAAAGUACAGGGGGAAUACACACUCACGCUCAGGAAAGGAGGCAACAACCGUCUGAUAAAGAUCUUCCAAAGGGGGGGUCGCUACGGCUUCUCUGAGCCCCUCACCUUCUCGUCAGUGGUGGAGCUGAUUCAGCACUAUCACCACGAGUCCCUCGCCCAGUACAACAGCAAGCUGGACACAAGGCUACUGUACCCGGUCUCUAAACACCAGCAGGAUCUCCUGGUGAAGGAGGACAGUAUAGAGGCAGCAGGGGAGCAGCUCAGAGUUUAUCAUGAGCAGUACCAGGAGAAGAGCAGAGAAUACGACUCACUGUAUGAGGAAUACACACACACAUCUCAGGAGCUACAGAUGAAGAGGACAGCCAUCGAGGCCUUCAAUGAGACCAUCAGGAUCUUUGAGGAGCAGUUUGAGACGCAGGAGCGCUAUGGCAAAGAGUACAUGGAGAAGUUUAGCAGGGAGGGCAAUGACCAGGAAGUGCAGAGGAUCCAGAAUAACUCUGAGAAGCUUCACUCACGUGUGACUGAGAUCCACGACAGCAAGCAGAAGCUGGAGCAGGACCUGCAACAGCAGGCAGCCGAGAACCGCGAGAACGACCGCAAGAUGAACAGCCUCAAGCCAGACCUCAUGCAGCUACGCAAGAUACGAGACCAGUACCUGCUUUGGCUCACACAGAAAGGCACCAAGCAGAAGAAAAUCAAUGAGUGGUUGGGCAUCAGGAACGACACAGAGGAUGUGUGCACGCUCGUGUGUGAGGAGGAGGAGGACGUGGCACACCUGGAUGAGCAGAGCUGGUACCUGGGCGAUCUGAAGCGGACCCAGGCGGAAGAGCUGCUGAGGGGGCGUGCCAACGGAACCUUCCUGAUCCGAGACAGCCAGACACAGAAGGGCGCUUACGCCUGCUCCGUAGUUGUGGACGGCGAGGUGAAGCACUGUGUGAUCUUCAGGACGGCGUCCGGCUUCGGCUUUGCGGAGCCAUACAACCUUCACAGCUCUCUGAAGGAUCUGGUGCUGCACUACAGACACAACUCUCUGGUCCAACACAACCAGGCUCUCAACGUCACACUGGCCUGGCCUGUGCUCUCUCAAACACACUCAAACACAUAACUACAGACAGACACACACACACACACA